GGACGAUAACGACGACAAGAGUUUCCUGAUCGUUUACUCUUCCUGACCUGUGAACAACACCGGCGUGGUAUUAAUUGUUUGCUGUUUUCGCGAUCGCGUCGCGCAUGAGGAUAUCACCAGCUCCUGAAACGCAAGACUGCCACACAUCUGUUCGACCAACACCAGUUGAUCUAAACGCCAGUUGAUCUGGAACACCGGCUCGGCCUACUUGUGAGCUUCAUUGGUUGGUGGUUGAGCUUGGUGGAGCCAGGCGAUUAUCCUCGCUGGCUGGUGGUGGUGUCCGGCAUUUCCUGUCAGCUAGCCUCGCUGGCUGGUGGUGAUACCCAGCGUGUCCUGGCAGCUAGGCUCUCUGGCUGGCUAAAUAAAGAGUUACAGAGUUAGGUUAUGUGCUGCAUUAACUAAAGAGCACUUGCUCCUUAACAAGGACUUUUUUAUUACCAGCCAUCCUUACAUUGUGGCGACGAGUGACCCUGCAUAUUUUUUCUGCCUAUACUGAUUUUUUUUCAUUGAGUCAUCAUGGCUGCAAACAUUCAUCCACUGCCGAUCUUUUUGCCUUGCCAUGGAGAUCCUCCUUUGCCCUUCAACAUCUGGAUAUGUAUGUUCAACAAUUAUUUGCUUGUGAUCAAUGCAACAGGGACUGCUUGGCCUGAAGCACAAAGAGGAGAUACUUUACUUCACUGCUUAGGAACAGAGGGACAAAGGAUUUUCUACUCACUGCAAAAUACAGGUGAUACUUUCGCCUCUGCUGUUAAUGCCCUAGAACAACACUUUUCACCCAAGGUAAAUGUUGUUGUGGAAAGACAUGUUUCAGAUUCUGCAGAUUAUGGACAGCUUUUCGGAAAAUGAUGGCUGAAAUCUUAAAAGACCUCCCAGGUGUCCAAAACUACCUAAAUGACCUUAUUGUCUACAGUAAAAGAACAUCUUCAUGUGAAGUUCAGAUGCAUAAGCGAGCUGUGAAGAAGUAAAAAGAAACUCCUGUUAAAUAAUCCUCCACUGGCACUGUUUGAUCCUGCCUUGUGUGUUGUGAUCUCUACUGAUGCAAGUGACUGUGGGCUUGGUGCUGUACUUGCUCAAGGGCGACCUGAUGGCACAGAAAAACCUGUGGCGUUUGCUUCCCGCACAUUGUCUGCCACAGAACAAAAGUACUCUACUGUUGAAAAAGAAGCUCUCAUGUUUUACUCUGCAGACAGACCGCCUCGCCUUCAAAUUAUUCACAAAAUAAAGAAACGUUUUUCUUUAGGCGUGAAAGAUAACUUAAACCAUUGCGAAUGCAUGUAAUGGUGAGAAACGCAUUGUCUUAGUCAUAUAAGGUGUUUUGGUUCAACUUCAUAAAGAUAGCUGUAACGACUUAGAGAAGACUCAGACAAACAUGUUUCUGCAUGAAUACUAUAGAACUCAAUAUACCUGUUAAUUGCAACGAGGAUUUGCAGCUGUUUGGCAUAAGACUUUCAAGUAAUUCACAAAAUGAAGAAAUGUUAUACUAUAGCCAAGAAGGAUAACUUAUAACCCACUGCAAGUGCACGUAAAGGUGAUGUAUCUUUUUAUGUUAAUUCAGCUGUGCCAGGGCCCUGCUCCAGUUGGUGCGUGGAUACACCGCCCCGACGUGACUGGUUCCAGCUGGAGAACCCCCCAGUUAAAAGGAGGCUGGAGUGCCACGGCGGGAGAGGUCCUCGCAUUUCUCCUCAUGACCCAGCAGUGUUACUGUGGCAGCCUCUGGCUGCAGUGCGGCUCGAAAGUUGUGGAAGUGGAGUGGGUAGGGGUGAGCGGUCGUUUCUUUUGAUCACCAGUUUUUCUCCUGUUUUGAAUUAGUUAAGGAGGUCAGACUCUGUCUUUAUUUUUGACUUUGCUUUGAUAAGGUCAGGGGUGCGGGAUUUGUGUAGAUUUGUUUUUGUUUAUUAUUUUGGCCUUGGCUCACCCUGAAGUGUUGACACUCCCGUUUUGUUGUUUCUCUUUUUUUUCCACUUUGUAAAUAAAUCACAUUAUAAUGAACGGAUUUGUUUCCUGUGGCUGCUUGGGUCUUGGGGGGGAAGCGAGUGCCUCACUCAUGUUAUUGCCUGGCUCUAGACGGGUCGUAACAUGAAUUGGGGGCUCGUCCUCUGCCUUGUUCUGUGGUUGUUCUCGUGUGGUUUGGUCUGUUUGGCAGUUUUCUUGGUGUGGGGGUAGUAGGUGUGUGGGAUUAUGGAGUUUUCUUUGGAUGAUUUUGUUACUUCGCCUUCAUGGGAUAAAAUAGCGAAGUGCCGGAAGGCUGAUUUGCUCAUUAUUGCUAGUUUUUAUGAUGUUCAGGUGUCCUAUAGUGCCCGUAAAGCGGAGGUUAAGGACGCUUUGUGUGCAGGGCUGGUGGAGCGAGGCAUCCUUUCUGCCCUGAAGGCAGCUGAGCAGCCUGGCGGCGCGGGUGUGAAGGUGGCUCCGGAGACUGAGCCGGAGGCGGAUGCCAAAGGGUCUGAUGUAGCCGAGGUGGAGUCUGAUGCGGCUGAGGUGGAGUCUGAAGCAGCUGAGUCUGGUACAGCCGGGGAGCCCCUGGCGGGGCGGUCUACGGAGGAUCUCCGUUUGACCCUCCGUAUAAGGGAGGUGGAAACCCGUGCUAAAGAGCUUGAGGUACAAGCAAUGCACCUCCGUGUCAGAGCUUUGGAGCUGGAGCGAAAGCCCUCCACCUCUGUCUCCACAUCUGCCUCUAAUCAUCCUAGUACAUCCACCACUGUCUCAACUGGUUUUGACAUCACUAAUCACGUUAAACUGGUUCCCCCGUUUCGUGAGGCCAAAGUGGACUCCUAUUUUAACGCUUUUGAGCGUAUAGCGGCCGCGUUAAGUUGGCCGAAGGAGUCUUGGCCACUGUUAUUGCAAUGCAAACUGGUCGGCAAAGCCCAGGAGGUGUGUACCAGUUUAUCAAUUGAAGAUAGCCUUGAUUAUGACAUCAUGAAGAAGACUGUGUUGCAGGCAUAUGAGCUUGUCCCAGAAGCCUACCGUCAAAAAUUUAGGAAGUGUGAAAAAACUGCCAAUCAGACGUUUGUGGAGUUUGCCCGUGAAAAGGGUCGCUUGUUUGAACGAUGGUUGCAGGCCAGUAAAGUGAAGGAUCUUGAGGGGCUGAAAGAGCUUAUUUUGUUAGAGGAAUUCAAAAAAUGUUUGCCGGACCAAGUAGUCAUUUAUCUGAAUGAACAAAAGGUGACGUCACUUGCCAAAGCGGCAGUGAUGGCUGAUGAAUUUACUCUCACUCACAAAACUAUAUUUUCAGCCGCUGUCGCACAAAAUAUCAGGGUGGGUGGGACAGGAGAGGAAAAUAAAGUCACCAAAGGUAGGACGGAAGGAUAGACAGGAGGAUUGUGGUAAUCGUGACUGUUUUUAUUGUCGCGAACCCAGACAUCUGAUCGCUGUCUGUCCCGCGCUCCGGAGGAAAGAGCAGCGCAAAGGCUCUAAAAAUCCAGCCGGCGUAGUUCUUAUUCGCCUAAAAUGCAUUCCACCCGUGAUUUGCACAAUGCGAAUGCUGAAAUAGAGCCAUGUUUUAAACCAUUUAUCACCAAAGGCUUUGUUUCUGUGAUGGGAGAAGAGAAGGAUAAGGUGCCUGUUACUAUUCUUCGGGACACAGGUGUGCAUCAGUCAUUUAUGUUGGACAGUGUACUGCCAUUGUCAGAUAAAACUGCUUGUGAUUCAGAUGUAUUAGUCUGGGGAAUUAAGAUGAGCAUUCUUUGGGCGCCGCUACACAAGGUGCAUUUGCAUUCGCCCAUAAUAACGGGGCAUGUUAAAGUUGCCGUGAGUUCCCAGUUGCCUAUUAAAGGGGUUUUAUUUAUUCUGGGAAAUGACUUGGCUGGUGGGACAGUUUUUCCACCGCCUGAAGUGGUGGAAACGCCUGUUGCUUCUGUCACUGAUGCUGCCACCCAUAUAUCAAGUGUGUUUCCUGUUUGUGCUAUUACUCGUGCGCAAUCGCGCAAAUUUGACGAUGUUAUGGAUGUCGCUGACACAUUUAUGGCGACGUUAGAUGAAAGAAAGUCUCCCAGCUGUGAGAGUGGCAGAAUAGAAAGCGGCACUGAUGUGACAAAACUGAUGCCAGAGCUGGGUGAAAAGUUAAACAGGGAUGCAUUGAUAACCACUCAGCAGAAUGACUCGUCACUGACUCCCUGUUUUGUAUCCGCAGCCGCGAAUGCAGAAGGUAAAUCCCCCACUUCUUUUUUUGUACAAGAUGGAGUUCUUAUGAGGAGGUGGUCCCCAGACCAGAGUGGUUUGCGUUGUGCUACGCAGGUGGUGGUGCCAAAGCCAUAUCGAGGGCAGGUGCUUAGCUUAGCGCAUGAUGCCAGCAUGGCUGGACACCUUAGGGUGAACAAAACUUAUCAUCGGGUGUUGCGCAACUUCUUUUGGCCGGGGCUGAAAGCCGAUGUGGUGGCAUAUUGCCGUUCCUGUACCACAUGUCAGAUGGCGGGGAAACCUAACAGACCAAUCCCACCUGCUCCGCUACAUCCUAUUCCAGUAAUAGGUGAGCCGUUUGAAAAAGUAAUAUUGGAUUGUGUGGGCCCCCUGCCGAAAACUAAAUCCGGACACCAAUACAUACUUACAAUAAUGUGUUCAGCAACAAGGUUCCCGGAGGCAAUUCCACUACGCACGUUGAAAGCAAAACCGAUAAUAAAAGCACUAAUUAAGUUUUUCUCUACUUUCGGGCUUCCAAAGGUUAUUCAAACAGACCAAGGGACAAAUUUUACUUCAAAAGUGUUUGCGCAGGUUGUGGAUAAGUUGCAGAUAAAACAUGUAAAAUCCAGUCCAUACCACCCGGAAAGUCAGGGUGCUCUGGAGAGAUUCCAUCAAACCCUCAAAGCUAUGCUGCACAAGUUCUGCGCAGAGUCUGGUAGGGAAUGGGAUGAGGGUCUGCCGUUAUUGUUGUUUGCCGUAAGGGAGGCCACUCAGGAAUCCUUGGGAUUCAGUCCUACGGAUCUGGUGUUUGGGCAUGUGGUCCGCGGUCCCCUCCGGCUUCUGAAGGAGAAGUGGUUGUCAGAAACUUCUGAAACUCAACAUAAUAUCCUUGAUUAUGUUAGUGGACUUCGGGAAAAACUCCACCUUGCAUGUCAGUUAGCUCGGGAAAAUCUGACACAUACGCAGGCUAAAAUGAAAGCUCGUUAUGAUAAAAAGGCUGUUUGCAGAAGUUUCCAGCCAGGCGAGAAAGUGUUGGUGUUGCUGCCUGUGGUAGAGUCCAGUUUGCUAGCCCAGUUCGCUGGCCCAUAUGUGGUGCAACAGAAACUCAGUGACAACAAUUAUAUGAUCCAGACCCCAGACCGCCGGAGAAAGUCUAGGGUUUGUCAUAUUAAUAUGUUAAAGUCGUAUCACUCGAGGAGCCCUUCGGGUGCGCCAUCUCCAGUGUGCACCGCUAGUGUUGUUUCUCCUUAUGAACCCUCUGAUGAUGGACUGCUCCAGAAAAGUGAAGCGCUGGGUAGCAGCGGGUUGAAAAAUUCGGAGAUCUUAAAUGAUUUAGACACAUAUUUAGCCCACCUAUGUGAGCCCGCUCGAGCUGACAUCACUGAUCUGAUAGAGAAUAAUUUAUCACUUUUUUCUGAUCAUCCUCGUCAAACUGCAAACCAAAAACCAGCAAUAAACAACUUAAACAUAAAAAAUCACAAAGAAAGAACAAUACAGUAUCCACAUCUG